GACCUGCACAUAUAUACGCUCAAUCUGCUUAUCGCGCCCCGACGCUGCAAACGCAUCGUAGGAUGGCUGGUGGGAUAUAAAAGGCUCGUUUGAAUAAAAUUUGAUAUAAACAUCAGAUAUCCUAAAUGGAGGCAUCUUGUAUGGGUGGUGGGGCGGCGGGGUCCACCUUCGCAGCAGCCCUGCAGUUCUUCGCGGCGUCUCAGUGUUUGCUGACCGAGACCUGGCCCCCGCAGGCCAUUAUAGGAAAUGGCACAGACUUUGAUUUCAUAGUUGUGGGCGGGGGGACGGCCGGGGCGGCGCUGGCGGCGCGCCUGUCCGAGCUGCCCGUCACCGUGCUGCUGGUGGAGGCCGGGGGCGACCCGCCAGACGAGAGCAUUAUUCCAGGGUUCAGAAGUAGCUUGAAAGGAGGUCCAUAUGACUGGAACUUCACGACAGUCAACGACUACUACUCCAGCCAGGCCCUGCAGGGCGGGAGGCAGCACCAACCGCGAGGGAAAAUGCUGGGGGGAAGCGGGUCCAUCAACGACAUGAUAUAUGCGAGAGGCUUUCCCGUAGACUACGACGAGUGGGCCGCUAUCGCCGGCGAGGAGUGGUCCUGGAAAAAUGUGCUGGAGUUCUUUAUCAAAACGGAAACUUUGGCCGACGAGAGAUUCAUUGACGAUCUAGAGCUGGCUAGUCUUCAUGGUGACAGUGGAGAAAUAAUGGUGUCGGGGCUGAACGAGUCCACUCUCGUCACCGAUCGACUCGUAGAAGCAUUUCAGGAGCUAGGAUUCAAUUUGGUUAAAGACAUGACAAAUCCGAACGCGAUCGGCGUCGGGCGGUUUUCGCACACUAUAAAGGAAGGUAAACGAGACAGCACGGCCACCUCUCUUCUCAAUAAGGCAGCGACCAGGGACAACCUCUACGUUCUUAAGAAUGCUUUAGUCAGCAAAAUAUUUAUCGAAGAAAACACGGCCUACGGUGUGCAGGUCUCGUACGAAGGUGACGAGUACCACUUUUAUGCAGCCAAAGAAGUAAUCGUAACCGCCGGGACGUUCAACACUGCUAAACUUCUUCUCCUGUCUGGAAUCGGCCCCAAAGACCAGUUAGAAGAUUUGAACAUCGACGUGGUCCAAGAUUUACCGGUGGGGUAUAAUUUCCACGAUCACGUUAUGGUGCUGACUUAUAUUGCUGCCGAGAGCGGGACUUGCGAAACCACCGAGAAGGAGCUCUACAUGGAUACCAUGAGGUACCUGUACGACAGGUCAGGAUCGCUGGUCCGAACUACUGACGUCGGCGCCUAUAUCUCCUUCAGCUCAGCAAAAAAUGUCCCAGACUUUGCGAUAUACCCCACGUGUUUACCAGAACAGACUGAUUUCUAUAGGUCGUGUUCGUCGAUUUUAGGUUUCAAAGAGAGUAUUUGUAAGAAAAUUAUCGACGAAAACAUGAAAAACGAGAUUAUAUCCAUAGCCGUGGUAAAUCUUAAGCCGUUGUCGAGGGGAUCGGUGCGGCUAAAGUCAACUGAUCCGAGCGACCCACCGUUAAUAUAUGCUGGAACGUUCAGCGAUCCUCGGGACUUGGAUUACUACCCCGACGCUAUAAGAACAGCUUGGGCGCUAGCAAACACCACCUACUUUAAGGAUAAAAACGCCCAUGUGUUGGACUUUGAACUAGAAGAAUGCGAGGGCUUAGCUCACGACGAGGCUGUAAAGUGUCUGGCGCGGGCGACGGCCAUGUCCGCCUGGCACGCCGUGGGCACUGCCGCCCUGGGGACAGUGGUGGACCAGCAGCUGCGGGUACGGGGGGUGAGGAGGCUCCGGGUGGCGGACGCCAGCGUCAUGCCCAAGGUCAUCCGCGCCAACACCAACGCCCCCGUCGUCAUGAUCGCCGAGAAGGCCGCCGACUUCAUCCGACGAGAACACAACUUGUAAAGGUAUUAUUUGUUGAAUAAUAUUAGUUUUGUUGUUGAAAUAGAACUAGAAAUAUAUUAUAGGUUUACUUUGUGUGCCUUGUUACUGUUGAUAAAGGAUAAACUAUAAAUAAUAAAAAUAAAACAAGCAUUUA